GUCUGCUAGCGCGCCUGUAAUUUCAAAACAACGUACACGUGCUAGGUGUUGUGAAGGCUCCUUUCGAUAAUUUCUUGUGUCCUCGUACUGUACAUUCCUCAAUAGUACAUUCAGUGUAUCGAUAUUUAUGAUCACUCGUGUUGUGCUGCGAAGGAGUGUUACGUUAAUUACAAGAAAAGCUCGGCAAAUGUCUCAAAGCGUCCAAACAAAUGGCAGCGCAGCUGAGGAAUCAAACGCCGCAGAACCGAGUAAUUUUCAGUUCAGCAGUAAUUUGUCCUUAGAAACGAUACGCCAGAUGCAAGCAGAUUUCGCAAAAGAGAGAAACUGGGACCAGUACCACUCACCAAGGAACAUUCUUCUUGCUAUGGUCGCAGAAGUAGGAGAAGUUUCCGAAUGCUUCCAGUGGAAAGGUGAAGUAAAAGAAGGCCUGCCAGACUGGACAUCUGAGGAAAAGACGCACUUGGGUGAAGAACUGAGCGACGUCUUGGUCUACCUCAUUCGUCUCGCUGACCGCUGUCAAGUGGACCUGCCAACUGCGGUGCUUCGCAAAGUGGAGCUCAACAGACAGAAGUACCCAGCAUCAAAAGUGUAUGGCAAGAGCGACAAAUACACUGCCUACAGUGAAGGGGACAGUUAAAUUUUGUUACUUUGUGUUUGCUUAUUGGCUGAUCAUCGCUGCUACUAAAUGAUCUUGCCCUUUAGCUGUAUGUCAACAAGGAAGCAAAGCUAAAAAAAAUGUCUUCUUGAUGUACAAGAAGUCAUUUUUGUUCUAGUUGGUAACGUGCGCCUUAUUGAGUUGACCUUUAUGUUCAGUGAGAACGUUGCAGUUCUGCUAAAUUCUUACUGCUGGCAGAACUUGAAGUCGUUAGGUAGGAAGCAUCCCUAUUCACAUGAAAUGGUUUUGCUUGAGGUUAUAUAGUCAAUAAAUAAACUUUGCACAUACCUUUGAGACAUGAGUGGCAGCUCAAACUGACACAGAUGAUCGUUGCCAUGCUGUGUGCGAUCCCUCUUUGUUGCUUUUUUUUUUGCGCAUGCAGCAAUGUGAUAAGAUGGAGAGGGGCAACAUGCAAAAUGACCUCUGAUAGUGCUCAUGGCUGCUAGUUUUGGAGAACAAGCUGCACAUGACCACUCUUCUAUUUAUGCCACACAGUGGCAAUUGCAACUAAGUUUGACCACAGGGUAUCAAUGGUCAGGGACCCUGCUGUCCGUGACCUCUCGAUUUUCUGCCAUGUGAGAUGGAAUUUGCCUGGAAGGUGCAGCAGGCAAUGGAAAGGUGUUUCCAUGUUGUGGGUUGAUCUUGAAAACUGGCAUAAAUUUAGCAGCCUUGGCUAGAACUGUCACAUUGAGCAUUUGUAAUGGUGCAUUGCAUAGCUACUUUUGUUUUGUAAAGGAGAAAUUAUUUGCAUAUCAA